AUGGGCACCGACAAGAUCUCGGGGAACUUUGCCGCCUCCCGGCGCUUCCCCUGGCCUUUCGUGGUGCGAUGGCUCGAGGAGUCCCAGGGCGGUCGGCUACUUGUGGCUGGCUGUGGGGAUGGACGGCACGUGGACACUGCGCUGGGAUUGGGGAAAUUCGAGGAGGUCCUGGCAAUGGACCUGUCCGGAGGCAUGCUGCAGGCUGCCCGGCGGCGCCUCGGCAGCCGGAGCACGGAGGUGACCUAUCUGCAGGCCGACACCCGGCAGGUGCCGCUGCCGCCGGCCUCGGUGGAGGAGGUGCUCUCCUGUGCGGUGCUGCAUCACCUACCGCUGAACGAGUCGCUGAAGGGCCUGCGGGAGCUGGCACGAGUGCUGAAGCCAGGCGGCAGGCUUUUGGCUUCAUGCUGGGACCCUAGGGCCAAAGCGGUGGCCAAGCGCGGCCGCCCAGCUGAGGGUGCGGAGGAUGCUUUCUGGGUUGCUUGGCGCUGCAGCGACGGAAGCGAUGUGCAGCGCUGGUACCACUUGCCCUCCUUGGAGCGGCGAACGGAGUACUGGAGCCAACUUGACCUGGAUUUGAGGAGGGCAGAGCUCGAUGGGGACAACCAAGUCUUUGAGUGGGUGAAGGUGCCUGCCCUGUGA